AUGCUCUGCCUCGGCGUCCAUCCCUUCUCCCCGGCUUCCUCCUCCCCACUCCACACCUGCCUCCUAUCGAGACCGCUCCGCUCACCUGCCGGCGCCGCGCUGACUGCCUCCUCCUCGGUGCCGCCAUCCGUCUGCUGCGGCUGCACUGCUGGCCGGAGCCGGCGUGCAACGACGAUGGCCGCGGUGUUCUCGCCGGUGGGCAGCAGCGGCCUGGUCCAGGACCUCGUGUCCAGUGGCGUAGCCAGCCUGAUUUGGUGGUCUAUGGACCACCCUGGCCACCCCCUAGCUACGCCACUGCUCGUGUCCUCGGCCCUCACCGCAGGUGUCGCCCACGGCCUCUUCCAUUUCUUCCAGGGGCUUGUCAAGCGCAGCGUCUGCGAUCUGAGACUCAAUAGGAAACUUAUGCACAUAACUAUUGGGAUGGUACCCUUGCUCUUUUGGCCCCUUUUCAGUUCGGGAAGGUAUGCUCCUUUCCUUGCUGCACUUCCGUCUGCGAUUAAUAUUUUAAGGACUCUUCUAUUGGGGCUAGGAAUAAGAAAAAAUGAAGCAGUAGUCAAAAUAUUGAGCCGAUCUGGAGACCACAGGGAAUUUCUCAAGGCACCAUUGUAUUAUGUUACUGCUAUAGCUUUGGCCACUUCUGUAUUGUGGAGAACAUCUCCAAUUGCUAUAGCACUUAUCUGCAACUUAUGCGCCGGAGAUGGUGUAGCAGACAUAGUGGGGAGACGUUUAGGGAAAGAAAAGCUUCCAUACAACUCCAACAAGUCAUAUGCUGGAAGCAUAGCCAUGGUUGUGGCCGGUUUCUUGGCUUCAGUUGGGUGCAUGCAUUAUUUUCACACUUUUGGUUUCAUUGAGGAAAGUUGGCACAUGACGUUCGGCUUCCUUGUGGUCUCCAUAGCCGCGGCACUUGUAGAGUCACACCCCAUCAGCACUGAACUGGAUGACAAUUUAACUGUACCUCUCGCGUCAUUCCUGGUUGGUAGCCUCAUUUUAUGA